AUGCCGGAUUUUUCUCUCCUCCUCCAGCUUGCAAUCAACACUCUCACUUCGUCUUCUUUCUCCCUGGCUAGAAGAGAAAAGAUCAGUGAGAGGAUGAGAAUAUUACAGGAUCUUGUCCCUGGGUGUAAUAAGGUCAUUGGCAAGGCACUGGUACUUGACGAGAUCAUAAAUUAUAUCCAAUCAUUACAGCGUCAAGUUGAGUUUCUUUCAAUGAAAUUAGAAGCUGUCAAUACGAGAACCAGCCCUGGUAUUGAAGGAUUUCCGUCAAAAGAUGUAAGUACAAACUACUGCCUAUAUAAAGAAUGAGCUGGGACAUGAUAU